AAAAAUAAAUAAAUGCUGAAAAUGACUGAGAUUGGUACGGCAGCGAUAUGAAGCAAAAACCAUGGCCGGAUCGAUCCGACGGCGCCCGGUUCACUGCUUUUCCGUUGUCAAAACCCGACGAUAAUGAAGAAAAGAUCAGAUUAUCCAGGCCUUUCAAGAUCGGUUCAAAACCACCGCUAACAUCCCCGACCGAGGGUCCUGAUUUCUCGGCACUCCCUUUCGACAUAUUAACGAAAAUCGCGGCGUCUUUUAAUUUCCCAAACCUUCUAGCUGCGUCGCUGGUUUGCCGUUCAUGGAGGGAUGGACUCCAGCCGUUGAGGGAAGCGAUGGUGCUGCUGCGUUACGGGAAGCGAUUCAAACACGGCCGAGGCGGUGUUCGACGCAAUUUGGAUAAAGCUCUUGACUCUUUCUUGAAAGGCGCUGUUCGUGGAUCUACGCUUGCGAUGGUCGAUGCGGGGCUUAUUUACUGGGAAAGAGGUCUAAAGGAAGAGGCAAUUGCUCUUUAUCAGAAAGCCGCCGUCCUCGGCGACCCUGCCGGCCAGUGUAAUCUCGGAAUUUCCUACUUGCACGCUCAACCUCAAAAUCACAAAGAAACCGUAAAAUGGUUGUAUCAAGCUUCAAUUGGGGGACAUGUUCGAGCCCACUACCAGUUAGCGCUUUGCUUGCAUCAAGGUCUUGGAGUUCAUCGAAAUCUUCACGAAGCAGCUAAAUGGUAUCUCAAAGCUGCUGAAGGUGGAUAUGUUCGUGCAAUGUACAAUGCUUCACUUUGUUAUUCAUCUGGGGUAGGCUUGUCGCAAAGUCGUCGACAUGCAAGGAAAUGGAUGAGGAGGGCAGCUGAUCGUGGUCAUAGCAAAGCUCAAUUUGAACAUGGACUUGCUUUGUUUUCUGAAGGGGAAAUGAUGAAAGCUGUAGUGUAUCUUGAACUUGCUACACGUUCCGGUGAGACAGCUGCUACUCAUGUAAAAAAUGUAUUACUUCAACAACUCUCGGCAACUGCUCGUGAACGUGCGCUUCUCCUUGCUGAUAAUUGGCGUGCUUUACCUUCAUCUCGCUAAGUAUGUCAAGACUGCAUAACUUUUAUUAAUAUACUCCUGUAAUUGCCUCUUUUUCCCUUGAUUUUCUUACGCUUGAUGAGUGACAAUUAUAAAUACAUAGAUGUUUUAACCA